UGCUGUUGUUAGUAUUGUGGAGGGAUACAGAACCCGAGGCUACCUGUCCCACGCUCAGUCAAGUGCAUUACCUGGAGUCGAAGAUUGGGCGCUUGCCGGGAUGGUGGGUAGAGAUCCCACAAUUUGGAUGAGUACUUAUUCCGCCAUCGUUCUAUCACUGGCUGUGUCGCCUACCCCACUUAUACCUACCCAUUUUAUUCAGUUUCUGCCAUGCCUCCUGAACGGCCGCAGUCCAAAGACAAACAAAUAACACGUUAGGGAAGAUGAUUUGAUUUUUGUGAUGAAGCUCAUGAACACCACACUGCCAGAAGUGCGUGAGCCGUGCCAGCAUCCCAACAGAGUAGAUGCCCUCUUACUACCCUUUGUGAAAUUCAUGACCCCCACGCGUUCGGGUGGUCCAGUACGCUUCGAGGCCGGUGGUCUCCAAAAUUCUACGUUCGAUUUUGAGAUCCUACAGAUGGACAAAGAAACUGCAGCGUACCGAGCGAUCAUCGGGUGUGGUGUGGGCCCAGCAUUCCUUGGGCAUAUCAUCGAGGGUGACAGGGUAAUAGGGUUCUUAGUUGAACAAUUGCACAGACGAUCGGCUGGUCCUGAAGACUUGCAGGGAUGCCGCGAUGCCAUGCUGCAGGCUAGACAUCAUCCAUGGGGACCCGAACAAACACAACAUUGUUGUGACCUCGGACGGAACCGUCACAAUGAUCGAUUCGAGAAUGUGAUGCCGUGCAAGAGUGCUGAGCAGAAGAGCAAGGAGCUUGCCACUUUGCCAGCGCAACUGAGUGAGACAGCGGGUCGAGGGGGCGUGGCUUCGAGACAAUUGGUCUACUGAAUAUCUGUUCGGUUUUUCGAACAACGUAGCGGAAAACAUUGCCGAGUCAACCGGCAGUGGAUACCACGGGUCGCUCGAUCUCCUUAUCAGCAUAUAGAUGUUCUUAAUAUUCACUGACUCCGCUGGUGAUGUCUUUUUGUCUUGGGCUCGAUUCUGCCGCUCG